UGCCAACCAUUAACUCGGCAUUUUCUUUAGCUCUCCGUGCCAACCAUUAACUCAGCAUUUUCUUUAGCUCUCUCUCUCUCUCUCUCUCUCUCUCUCUAAAUCCCAACAAACUGAGAUAUGCUCUGACGGCCAUUGACGGACUAACAGAGCUCGAACUUGAACUCAAAGCCGAAGCCGCCAUGGCCGAUAAUGCCGAGCAUGAGCAAACGCAAGAACAGGAGUACGACCGCGACCGCGAAUUCCUCACUGUCCCUCUCCUCUCCUCCCACAGAUCGAACCCAAACUCGACCUCGCAGGUCGCCAUCGUUGGCUCUCAUGUCUGCCCUAUCGAGAGCCUCGAUUACGAGAUUUUUGAGAACGAAUUCUUCAAGCAGGAUUGGAGGAGCCGUCGAAAGACUGAGAUAUUCCAGUACAUAUUCAUGAAGUGGCUCACUUGCUUCCUCAUCGGACUGAUCGUCAGUCUCAUCGGAUUUUGCAAUAAUCUUGCCGUCGAGAAUCUCGCCGGCGUCAAGUUCGUUUUCACCUCCAACAUGAUGUUGCAGCAGAGGUAUGCAACGGCUUUUUUCGUGUUUUUUACUUCGAAUUUGGUGCUCACUCUGUUCGCGUCUAUGAUCACGGCGCUUAUUGCACCGGCGGCUGCUGGAUCGGGUAUACCGGAGGUGAAGGCUUACCUGAAUGGCGUCGACGCUCCGGGAAUUUUUUCCUUUAGGACUUUGGCUGUUAAGAUUUUUGGCAGCGUGACAGCAGUGUCAUCAUCUCUGCUUGUGGGGAAGGCAGGGCCCAUGGUACACACUGGUGCGUGCAUUGCGUCAUUACUAGGCCAGGGAGGUUCGAAAAAAUAUGGUUUAACAUGGAAAUGGCUGCGAUUUUUCAAGAAUGAUCGGGACAGGCGUGAUCUUGUGACAUGCGGUGACGCUGCUGGAAUUGCUGCCUCUUUCCGCUCCCCUGUUGGUGGUGUGCUGUUUGCUUUUGAAGAGAUGGCGUCCUGGUGGAGAAGUGCCCUUCUAUGGAGAGCUUUCUUUACAACAGCUGUAGUUGCAAUUGUGCUCCGGGCUCUCAUUGAUGUUUGCUUAAGUGGCAAAUGUGGGCUAUUUGGUACCGGGGGGCUGAUAAUGUUUGAUGUUUAUUCAGCAAACAUUUCAUAUCACCUUAUGGAUGUUCCUCCUGUGCUCCUCCUUGGUGUUGUAGGGGGCAUAUUGGGAGGGAUAUAUAAUUUUCUCUUGGAUAAAGUUCUUAGAUUGUACAAUCUUAUCAGUGAGAAAGGCGUCGUUUACCGAAUCCUUCUUGCUUGUUCAAUCUCCAUUUUUACGUCUUGUCUUCUCUUUGGAUUACCAUGGCUUGCAUCUUGCCAACCUUGCCCAUUUGGUGCAUUAGAAGCCUGUCCAACAAUAGGCCGGUCCGGUAACUACAAGAAGUUUCAAUGCCCUCCUGGUCACUAUAAUGAUCUGGCUAGUCUCAUAUUUAAUACAAAUGAUGAUGCUAUCAGGAAUAUGUUCAGCAAGGGCACCGAUUCUGAGUUUCAGCAUUCGUCAGUUCUCAUUUUCUUUUUCACCUGCUUUUUCCUAAGCAUCUUUAGCUAUGGGAUCUGCGCUCCUGCUGGUCUUUUUGUACCUGUUAUAGUGACUGGUGCGUCAUAUGGACGUUUAAUGGGCAUGUUACUUGGUUCACACUCAGAUCUUAACCAUGGCCUCUAUGCUGUGUUGGGUGCUGCUGCUUUCCUUGGUGGAUCUAUGAGGAUGACUGUUUCCCUGUGUGUGAUUAUUCUGGAGUUGACCAAUAACCUGUUAUUGCUACCCUUGAUAAUGCUGGUUCUUCUCGUCUCCAAGACUGUAGCAGAUGUUUUCAAUGGAAACAUUUAUGAUCUAAUCAUGAAAUUAAAAGGAUUUCCUUAUCUUGAGGCUCAUGCUGAACCAUAUAUGAGGCAGUUGAUGGUAGGUGAUGUAGUAACAGGCCCGCUUCAGAUGUUCCAUGGUAUUGAGAAGGUUGGUAACAUAGUACAUGUCCUGAGAAGCACGACGCACAAUGGGUUUCCUGUAAUUGAUGAGCCUCCAUUGUCUGAAUCCCCAGUUUUGUUCGGCAUAAUCCUCCGUGUCCAUCUGAUUACAUUAUUGAAAAAGAAAUCUUUUCUGCCCACCCCUGUACAGACAGGUGGUGAUGCCUUCAAGCAGUUUUCAUCAGGGGAUUUCGCAAAGAGGGGUUCAGGCAGUGAUGAAAAGCUAGAAGAUGCAGAAUUCACUGAUGAGGAGUUGGAGAUGUUUGUAGAUUUGCAUCCAUUUACUAACGCAUCGCCUUAUACUGUGGUGGAGACAAUGUCCCUAGCAAAGGCUCUCAUACUCUUCCGAGAAGUUGGUUUAAGGCAUCUGCUGGUCAUACCAAAGGUCUCGUGUAGAUCUCCGGUGGCGGGAAUACUGACUAGGCACGAUUUUAUGCCGGAACACAUACUCGGCUUGUAUCCUUUGUUAGUAAGGAGCAGAUGGAAGAGAUUAAGAAUCCAUUUCCCGAGCCUAUUUAAAAUCUUUUAACGCAUCUCGCCCUAGGAUGUUGCUUGCCCUUGAAGAUGUACAUAGUAUUUUAACUGCCCCACAGCCACAGGAUUCAUGAGGAGUACAAUAGCUCCACUUUCCCAGCUAUUCAAGGAGCCAAGAGACGAAGAGGGCCAGAAAAGGGUAGUCAUAAUUUUAAUACCUAAUUAUAUUAUCUUACAUGACAUGAUGCGAUGAGGUAAAAUAUUGUUGUAUGGUGAACCAUAACAAACCAUUCUUGCUCUACUGCAGCAAAUUGCUGUACGAAAUAAUAGAUCAAUACACUAAU